ACAGCAGCAGUCGCUCCCAGCCUUGGCUGCUGGACGCUGGGCUCAGGGGCAACUUGUUGCUGUAAUUUCUCGGUUACUUCCUCUCACAUCAGGCUCAAAGAGUGCGAGGAAUUCUGCUGAUAACACCGUCGACGCCUGGAUCCACCCUGUUGUUUGUUAUCAUAAGAACUUGUAGAUUUUUUCUGCCCGUUUAUGUACGGAUGAGAAGGAGGCAGCUCUCAGUUGACAGUUUGUCCUCCUGGAAUGGCCAUUGUGUUCCUGAACAGAGGAUGUUCCUAUCUUUGUGUUUUUUCCUGAACUAAGCCUUGAAGGUUGCAUUUAAAAGUUAGCUGUUUAGUUAGAUCUUAACUACUGAAGAUACUGAAGCUUUAUUUUUCCUCUCUGGACCUGAGACUUUGAGCCAUGUUGCUCUUUCUCCUCGUGUCGCUGGAUUUCUGCAUCCAAACAUCAGGACAACAGCAGACCGCUCCACCAGGUCGCUGUGAUGUCCCUCAGAGGUUAGAUGUUUACACCGACUGCACCUCCUGCGCCGCCUCCAUCACAGCCAGCUGCCCCCGUGGCUUCACAAAGCUGGGCACCAACAACUGCAGUUAUGUGGUGCAGAUCGGCGGCAGGGAGAUGGAGCUUCAGGGAUGUCAGCACACGUGUGUGAAGAGUUUCCUGCAUCCAAAGUGCUGCCCCGGCCACUGGGGCCCACUGUGUCUGUCGUGUCCAAGCUGGUCAGGAAAGAUCUGCAACUUUAACGGAGCCUGUAUGGACGGAGACAUGGGCAACGGCACCUGCAUCUGUGAUGAGGGAUUCACAGGGUUUGCUUGUCAGGAGUGUAAAAAUCCAAAAGCAUUUGGGAAAAAGUGUGAUAAAGUGUGUGACUGCGUGAACGGAGUGUGUAACAAAGGACCUGACGGUGAUGGGGAGUGUCUAUGUCAGCCGCCGUACACUGGGAGGCGCUGUGACGAAGUAAGCAGCGGGUGUCGAAGUUGCAGCUCCUUCUCGUACUGCAAAGGAAAAGAAGAAACUGCAGGCUGUGACUGCUUGCCUGGAUACAGGAUGAUGAAGGGGAACAAGUGUUUAGCUGCAUGCUCCCAGAGAGACUGUGAUGUCAACGCCGAGUGCUCCACAAAGGCCACCAGUAUCAGAUGCACCUGCAAACCAGACUAUGAGGGAGACGGCAAGAUCUGUGUCCCGAAAAACCCCUGCUUGGAGAACAACGGUGGCUGCCCCAUCAACUCCACUGUUUGUGUCUUCAGAGGACCAAACAAGUCCAGCUGCGAGUGCAUGUCUGGCAUGUCGCCUGUAGGGGGCAGCCCUGAGAACGGCUGCCAGCUCGUCUCUGCCUGCUCAGUUGAUACCUGCGAUACAACAGCAGUCUGCCAGACCGAGCUGGAUGGAAAGCCCAGGUGCGUUUGCGAGCCGGAGCAGAUUGGAGAUGGGCAGCGUUGCUACGGUAACCUGAUGGAGCGCCUCAUCGAGCUUGACUCAAGAGGAAACCAGAGAGAAAAUCUGACCGGAGCCGUCGCCUUGUUUGAGAAAGGCUGUUUGAUGGUUCUUAGUCACUCUGGACCCUUCACAGCUUUCUUCCCGCUGUUGAAACAGCCUCUGAGUGGUGUCGAUGAGGAGGCAGUGUGUAAAAACCACCUGAUCCUGGGUCAGCACCUCUACAAAGAUCUGGAGGGAAAAGACUUUAACCUUUACGGAGGAGAGAAGCUCCGGGUCAAAGUCAAUAAGAAGUUCAUCCUGAUGAACGAUCCCACCAAGCCAUACUCGAUCAUCCAGGCAGACCUGCCAGCAGCCAAUGGCAUCAUCCACAUCAUCGACCGGCCAAUCACCAGCAGCCUUCCCGGAAGCUCAUCCAGGGACGAACAGUUUGCUGACCUCACAAUCGGAGAGAUUCUGAGAAAAGAUGAGAAAUUUAGUCGCUUCCUGUCCCUGGUUGACAACUGUGGCUCCCCUCCUCCUCUCCGUGGACCAGGACCCCUCACUGUGUUCAUCCCCACCAAUUACGCGGUGGACCGGGCCCGAGACGGCAGCAUCCUGUACAUGUUGAAUGAUGCCAAACAUAAACUACAGGAGCUGCUCAGACACCAUGUUUUCACCCAAGCUGCGUUGACUGUCGAUGAGUUGGCCGCCCUUCCUGUUAUUCAAACGAUGGCCAAUCAGUUUGUCACCAUCUCUGCUUCUGAUAGUGGAGAGAUCCUGCUGGCGGAUAAGAAAGUCCAUGUGGUGGGCACCAACAUCAUGGCGUCCAACGGUGUCAUUCACAUGAUUGAUGGGCUGCUGUACCCGCCCUCCAUCCUGCCCAUCCUGCCUCACCGCUGCGAUGUCACCGAGAGCAAAAUCACUGUGGGUCCUUGUGUUCACUGCAGAUUCCUCUCUGCGACUCAGUGUCCUGAAGGGACCGUUGAAAUGGAGACUCAUCAGAUCGGAUGUGAAUAUACGGUCCCUCCUUUUAGCGAAACGCACCACAAAGGCUGCGCCAAAUACUGCAACGCCACCAAGCAGGUGGCGGAGUGCUGCAAAGGUUUCUACGGUCCGGACUGUAAACCGUGCAUCGGAGGAUUCCAGCAUCCCUGCUACGACAAAGGAGCAUGUUUUGACGGUAUCCAUGGUAACGGCUCAUGCAGCUGCCAUUCCGGAUUCAAAGGACUCGCCUGUCAUAUCUGCACGGAUCCGUCCAAACACGGAGAAAACUGCGACGAAGAGUGCCGCUGCCUGCAUGGCGUGUGCGAUAACCGGCCCGGCAGUGGCGGCGUGUGUCGGAGAGGAUCGUGUGUGGAGGGAUACUCUGGAGAUUAUUGUGAAAAGACGGCCACGCCCUGCAACGCCGACGGCCUGAUGGCUCACUGCCACAUCCACGCAUACUGUACCCACACUGGACUGGAUUAUAGCUGUUUGUGCAGGGAUGGAUACGAGGGCGAUGGCCACUCCUGUUCUCCCAUCAACCUCUGCCUAAAGAGCAACCGUGGCGGCUGCGACGCCAACGCAGAGUGUGUGUACGUGGGUCCGGGUAAUGUGUCGUGCGUGUGCGCUGAGGGAUGGACUGGGGACGGGAAAGUCUGCGUGGAGAUCAACAACUGUCAGCUGGAAGGCCGAGGAGGCUGCAGCCCCAACGCCGACUGCAAUCACAUCGGACCAGGACAGAGCGAGUGUGUUUGUAAAACUGGUUAUAUGGGAGAUGGCAAGGUGUGCGACCUUAUCAACCCCUGUCAGAAAAACAAUGGAGGCUGCCAUGAGUUGGCCAAAUGUGAGCUGAAGGAAAAUGCAGUGCACACCUGCACCUGUUUGGACGGCUUCUUUGGGGAUGGAAAACUGUGCUACGGAACAUUAAAGGAUGAGCUGGACAUGCACUUCCAGUUCCUCGGCCUCAACAAACAAAUUCUGAGGUGUAAAGAGGCUCAGGAGGAUCUGAGCGGGAACCUCACCGUCUUGUCUCCUUCAUUAAAAGCCUUUGGGAACCUGAGCAUGACCGACAUGUUUUUCUGGACCAGCCGGCACCGCCUGCCUCACUUACUGCGAAAGUUGGCCCAUAAAAUUGGAUUAGGAAUAAAUGAUCUCUGGGUGCUCCACAUUGGAGAUGCCGCCAUCAUUUCCCACAACGUGCCUGCAGUCAACGGCUUCAUCCACACCAUAAACAAGGUUCUGACCCCGUCCCGCUCAGACCUUCCACCUGAACCUCCCACUGUGAUGGCAUUCCUGAACGCCUCAUCCAGCUUCUCUCUCUUCAGACAGUACGCUCUGAUGUACAACCUGUCUGGGCACCUGGAUCAACGGAUAUUUACGCUCUUUCUGCCAACCGAUGACGUGAUCAGGAAACACCUCAGCAAGACAAACUCGUCAGUUCUGGACUCGGACACGUUUCUGUACCAUGUGAUUCCUAAAGAGGUGCUGUCACUCGACCAACUCCAUGACGGCAUGUUCAAAGCCACUCUGCUGGGCGAGGACUACGAGGUCCAGUUCCACCUAACAGCAGACAACCAGACUGCUGUAAACGACGUUCAUCUUAACGGCAGCAUCAUUGACACGCAGUACGGCAUCAUUCACGUCCUCCCACAGGUCCUUAGAGUCAGACGCAACAGGUGCAGCAGACAGGUCAAAACCCAGAUCAAAGGAAGGUGUACAGACUGCGAAGGACCUCCUCUGUGCUACUACGUGUAUAAGCCAAUCAAGGAGCGGUUUCCUGCUAACAUGAGGUCCAACUGUUUUUACCGGAAGCGGGUCGGGGGCCGGAGGAAAUCUGUACCAGGCUGCCUCAUCAAUUGUCUUCGUGUCACGAAGGAGCACAAGUGUUGUCCUGGUUUCUACGGCCACGAGUGCUUCAAAUGCCCCGGAGCAGAUGGCAGCCCAUGCUCCAAUCAUGGGCAAUGCCAGGACGGUAUCCAAGGCAACGGGGAGUGCCGUUGCUAUGAGGGUUUCCAUGGCACCGCCUGUGAGGAUUGCGAGCCGGGACGCUAUGGAGUCAACUGCACCUCCAAGUGUUCGUGUAACCAUGGAAAGUGUGACGACGGUCUAGCAGGAAGCGGCAGGUGUCUCUGCUACAAAGGGUGGAAAGGAGCGUCCUGCUCUAUAGAGAUCAAAGACGACGCCUGUGGCGGCGUGUGUGAUGACAAUGCCAACUGUGUCACAGGACCACAGGGAUCAGCUGCCGUUUGCGUCUGUGUCGCUGGUUACGAUGGAAACGGAACCCACUGCAGAGAGCUGGAUCUGUGCAGCAUUAGGAACGGUGGCUGCUCGGAGUUUGCCAACUGCACAAAGGUCUCUGCUGGUGAGAGAACCUGUACCUGCAAAGAGGGUUACACCGGUGAUGGAGUCGUCUGUCUGGAAAUCGAUGGCUGUCUGGUCAACAAUGGAGGCUGCCACAAAGCAGCAGAGUGCACCAGAGCUGGCCCAAACAUUACUGCCUGCAGGUGUCUGACAGGCUUCGAGGGAACAGGGAGGUUCUGCCACCCAGUCAACCCCUGCAAAACCAACAACGGUGACUGCAGUAGAUACGCAAUCUGCCGGUAUAUGGGGGAGGGCCAGAGGAACUGCACCUGUCGAAGCGGCUACAUUGGGGACGGCUUCGACUGCAGGGGAAAUACCUACAACGAGGUGCUCCGGCAGUCAGAGAACGGGUUCUUUCAGAAAAUGAUGUCGAAAUCCAGCAGUCGCCCCCUUGGUAACGGACCGUUUACCGUCUUCGUGCCUCUGGAGGAAACCAACAAUGACUCCAUAAUUGAUGAAUGGAAGGAACGGGGCCGCCUGGAGCACAUGGUUGAUUACCACAUGGUUUCCUGUGAGAUUCUGACCUUAAGUGACCUAAAAACCACCAGCAGUGUGGUCUCUCUGUCGGGAUACACUCUGGAGUUCAGUGUGAAGGAGGGUUCGGUUUGGAUCAACAACAAAUCCAUGAUCGUGAAGAGCGACUACGCCACAACCAACGGAGUCAUCCACCACAUCGACAGAUUGCUGACGCCCUACAACCUGCAAGACAAGCCGCAGAUUAACAUUAAAAUGAACUUCAGCACUGCAGCAACGUUUUAUGGUUAUGGACGCUUUUAUAAGCUAAUUGAGGAUGCAGGUCUGCUCCCAGUGCUCCGGAUGUCCAUCCACCAGCCCUUCACCAUCUUCUGGCCCACUGACAAGGCCCUGGACUCCCUGCCAGCCGAAAGGCAGCGCUGGCUCUCCAGUCCGGACCACCAGGACCAGCUAGCUGCUACGAUCAAGGCUCACAUCAUCCGCAAUUUUGGGAAGAUAAAAGUUGGCCAGGCUGGUAAAUCUACAUCAUACCGGACCAUGCAUGGAUCCACCAUCAAGUUGAGCUGUGACAAGAAGCUGGUGGGAUCUAUAUUGAUCAAUGAAAACGAAGCCAGGCUGGUGGAUCGCUACAUUUCCUUCAUGGAGGGCGCGGGAUUUGGGAUCGACCAGCUUCUGGAGCCACCUGGACUGGGAGCGUUCUGCGACAGCAUACAGAACAAAACUACUUACGGCCGCUGUGGGAGCUGUUUGUCCCCUCCACGCUGUCCCCAACUCGACACGGGGAAAACGAUGAGCUGUAUGCGGCCCCGCUUCGGGUAUCGAACCAGCUGGUAUGAUGACCUGAAUCGUUAUGGAAGAAAACGCUGCAAGAGAGUUUGUCAGUUUCCUGCCUGGGUCCCGAAAUGCUGCAAAAAUCACUACGGCAGCGAAUGUCGUGUGUGUCCAGGUGGAGUUGAAGACCCCUGCAGCAGCCAUGGAGACUGUCAAGAUGGUGUUACUGGUUCAGGAGCAUGUAAAUGCUACAAAGGAUUCAAAGGAAAGUCAUGUGACCUCUGCGAGACGGGUUACUAUGGUACCAACUGCACAGCCUGCAGCUGCGUGAAGGGGAGCUGCGAUGACGGCAUGGAUGGGACCGGCCAGUGUGUCUGCCAGCCAGGUUGGGAAGGAGAUCGCUGCCAGAACAAGAUUGGCUCAGUCCCUGAGAAUUGCCGGCAGUGCCAUGCCCAGGCCAGGUGUGUGUUCAAUGUCGGCUGUCAGUGCAUACCUGGAUAUGAGGGCAAUGGUACUUUCUGCAGUCCAGUUCCACGUGAGUCAUUUUCAGCUGAAUCCUUAAAUGAGCGGAGGUGUGAGUGCCUCCCAGGGUAUGUGGGUAAUGGAGUCCAGUGUCUAGAGAAAGUGGUGCCCCCUGUUGACCGUUGCCUGGAAGAGAACGGAGGCUGUGACCCUGUGGCCACCUGCAAGGACCUCCAUUACCAUGCCAACACAGGGGGAGUGUUCCACCUGCGCUCCCCAGAGGGGAAGUACAUGAUGAACUUCACCCAGGCAACGAUGGGCUGCCAGGCUGAGGACGCUACCCUGGCCACGUUUCAACAGCUGGGAGAUGCUCAGCAGCUCGGGAUGCAUCUGUGUGUUGCUGGCUGGAUAGAAGGAGGGAGGGUAGGAUACCCGAUCCGCUUCCCCUCUGUCAAAUGUGGAGACAACCACGUGGGCUUGGUUAUGUACAAAGACCCGGUGGACCAGAGCAGCAAGUACGACGCCUACUGCUACAGGCUCAGAGACGUGUCCUGUUCAUGUCCUGAGGGUUAUGUUGGAAACGGUGACUUCUGCAACGGCGUCCUGACCAGUGUCCUGGCCACAAACAGCAACUUCUCCAUUUUCUACAAGUUGCUGGUGGACUACGGCGGCUCGUCCUCCGAAGGCAGGCAGCUCAUCGACAUCUUGGCUCACAGGAAGUCUGAACUCACACUGUUUGUUCCCCAUAACUCUGGAUUUGCUCCGAACCUGACUCUUUCGGAAAGAGAUCUGGAGUAUCACAUCUCAACCAAUCACAGCAGGCGACCAUUUAAGGAUCUAAAGCACCAGGAAGUCCUCCAAUCCAGGCUUGGGUUCAACCUGACCGUUACCUAUGGCAACAACGAGAGCUGUAAACUGGUGAACCAGCGGCUGCUGCUGGACUGGGACAUUCCUGCCGUGAACGGGAUCAUUCAUGUCCUGGAGGCGCCGCUGACAGCCCCCGCCCCCCUGGUGAUCCACAGCCGCUCCAGAGGCCACGCCCACUCCACUGGGGUAGCGUCAGCCAUAUUGGUUCCCUUGUUGGUAUGUGUGCUGGCAGCACUGGGGUACUACCUCUUCAGGCAAAAGAUGGACGCCUUCCGCUUCCACUACUUCAAAAAUGAGGAUGAAGAUGGUGCUGCAGGUGGACCAACCAAACCAACGCUGGUUUCCAUCCCAAACCCUCUCUACAGCGGCUCCAGGGCCUUCGCUGAGCCCUUUGGGGAAAUGACUUCAGCAGCGGAACCAGCCGAGCCCACAGAACCUCCAAACAUUUUGGACUUGGACCAGUGAAACCAGUUUACCAGAACAUUCUGUUAUCAACAGAUUCAGAUUCUUCUCUUUCCAGAAAGAGAAUAAAGUUGUUU